AUGAAAACAAUCAAUCGGUUGAGCUUAAUCGUUCUGGAAUUAGAAAAACCGACACCUUCGGAGAUUCGAACCGACAUCUUCUGGACAGGAAAACUACACUACCCGACAAAUGUAUGCGGGCCGUUGUUCGAAGAGGAGCUGGAGUUCUGGGGGCUGGACUCCAACCAGGUGGAGCCCUGUUGCUGGUCAACCUAUAGCAUACACAGGGAUACACAGAAUACCUUGGCAAUUUUGGAUAAGCUGGACAUCGAUAGCGAAAAGCCGUCAGAAGAAGAAAUCGCCCGAUUGUUCGGCUACGAAGAGGCUUAUGUUUCUGGAGAACUUGGAGUCUGGCAGAGGCUUAAGCCCAAAGUGUGGGCUCUGUUUGAUGAGCCGUCCAGCUCACCACCUGCAAAGGUGAUAUCGGCAAUAUCGGUGUUCUUCAUCUGUAUAUCAGUUCUAUCCUUCUGUCUGAAAACGCAUCCAGACCUACGAGUGCCCAACCCUCCGCUUGUAUCAAUAACAGACAACAGUACCUACAACUUUACGAUAGAACAUCAAUUCAGAGACCCCUGGGAAGACAAUGGACAGCCACAUGAAGCAUUCUUCUACAUUGAACUGAUUUGUAACGUGUGGUUCACUAUUGAGUUGAUGGUGAGAUCUGUGGUAGCACCAAAUAUAAUAGAAUUCAUCAGAUCUCCAGUAAACAUCAUAGACUUUAUAGCGACUCUCAGUUUCUACAUGGACGUUGUUGUUGAAUAUGCAGUUGUCCGAAAAACCGCAGAUAAAUCAGACAUUUUAGAAUUUAUCUCUAUUAUAAAGAUUUUAAGGUUAUUUAAGCUGACAAGGCACAGUCCAGGACUGAAGAUCUUGGUGCAUACGUUCAAGGCCUCAGCGAAGGAGCUGACGCUACUGGUUUUCUUUUUGGUGCUGGGCAUCGUUAUAUUUGCCAGUUUGGUCUAUUACGCUGAGAAGUCACAGGACAACCCAGAUAAUCAAUUCAAAUCCAUCCCCCUAGGCCUGUGGUGGGCCAUAGUGACAAUGACGACAGUGGGAUACGGAGAUAUGGCUCCGAAGACAUACCUCGGCAUGUUCGUUGGCGCUCUAUGCGCGCUGGCCGGCGUGCUCACCAUUGCGCUGCCGGUACCUGUCAUCGUGUCGAACUUCUCUAUGUUUUACUCGCACACACAGGCGCGGUCAAAACUUCCCAAGAAACGUCGUCGAGUGCUACCUGUGGAACAACCCCGUAGGAAACGCGAGUGCACCGCUUCCAAUCGGAGAGUGAACGCAGUAAAACACCCUGUGGUGCUGAAGGAACUUUCGCCUGGAAAUAACAAAUUUGGAGUCAACGGUGUGAACAUGAUAAGCCUGGCUCUGCAAGGGCCCUCCAACUUACUUAGGCCGCCAACAGCCAACCCACAGCCUCUUCAGGCUCGAGCCCCCACGGUUGAAAGUCCAAUCGUGAACACCCAGUCAGCAGCCAUUUCCCUUGCGUCUCUGCAGCCCCCCCUGAUGACAGCACCACCCUUGCAACCAAGACCAGCAACCACAGGAUCCCUGGACCUUAUGCUGCCUUUACAACCAAAGUUACUACCAGGUUAUAACCUACAGAGCUCAUUUCUAUCCACCACUUUAUCCACUGUUAGGCCACCUGAUUUCCUUGACAAAAAUGAUUUAAAAGACGAGUUUAAGCCAAGUAUUGACGUGAUAGUCGAAAAAAGGGAAUCUGUAGAUUCUAUCGAGGAAGAUAGCUGUAAUAAUGAAAUUUUCGUAGAUAGUAAUGUCCAUCCAAUAUUUGAGGAUCGGGCCCUCACACCUAUCAGCUAUCAUCUUCAGGACUCCGUUGGUGCUGCAACGCAAUCUGCAUCUCAGGGAGUUCGCCUUUUUACGCAUGAUCGCAUAGAAAUCGUCAAUACGGGCUUCGGCAAACAUCCCCGACGCACUGCAGAAGCGCGGCCUCCCCAACAAAGCCCUGAAGAUGUUAUUAAACUGAACGCGCAGAGCACUCAAUUCCCCUGUCCGCUACCCGGAGGCGCUCCUCUACGCCACAACGGUCCACGGUACGCGACGAGGUCCGAGAUAUCAGACCUGAGGGAGCUGAAUGUGCCCAAAUGGUCGAAACCGGCACAAGACCGCAAGAAAUGGCAUAUUUUGGUGUCGGUGGCCAAGAUUCACUUCGGGUCGCUGAGCCAGCUAAAAGCAAUACCUCCUGCUAACGGUGAUAGGAUGUAUCGUGAUAAAAUCCUUAGAGGGGACACGUGCGCGGCUGUGGAACAUAAAAUGGAUUCUAAAUAUGAUGAAAUGUAA